ACGAUAUGCUCCUGGUCAGAUGCGCAGACGUGAUUGCGUCAUCAAAUCAGCCGGAUCGCCCAAAUAGUAAAUAGCAAGUAGCAUCGUAACGAACAAUCCGAUACUGUAAUAGACUUGCAAGCCCGUGACGCCCGCUCCACCUCAACAUCGCUCUCUGAAAUUGAUGCCAAUUCGGACAUCAUCGUCAAUACAAACGGCGGCUAGCGUUCAAUCACAUCGGCCUGACAGCCGGCGAAGAGCUGAACUUUGCUACUUUCGAUCGCCGGUGCAGAGCACGACGGGAUGAACUCGCUCACACCCGCAGAGCGGAUCAAGCUAGAGCAAGAAAGGCUCAGCAGGCAGAAGAGGAGGAAUGAGGAGCUCGAUUCUCCAGAUGUCAAGCAGAAGGAUUCUGCGGAAAAGUCGGUCAAGAGGAUCAAGAUCGGUAGUACGGGGAUCGCCGACAACGAGAUUAUCGAGAUAUCUGACGACGACGACGACGACGACAAGCAUGCAUCCACUGGAUCAAAAGCGCAGGCAUCAACUUCAAGAGCGGUGAUUAGCAAGGCUAGUGAUCACGGAACAAUGUUUUGGGAAGGGGAAAGCAGGUCUGUGCGAAAUCAGUUGGUGUCAAAUCCCGCGAAGACGUUUAGCCUCGAGGAGAUCGUUGGAGAAAAAUCGGAGCUCGAGCUCGUCGUCGCCGCUUCCUUCUGCUGGGAGAUGGACUGGUUCACGCAACACCUGCCUGAUCCGGCGGAAGUACCAACCGUGAUCCUCACUCAACCUACAGGCGAUUACAAUGGACGGGUGAAAGAGGCAGACGAGUAUACGGAGGGUUUCAAGCUAGCCUCAGUCGUCUCUUUCGCUUUCCUGCCAGGAGGAUUCGGUUGUCAGCACAUGAAGUUUCUACUUCUGUUUUACAAGACUGGAAGACUCCGGGUGGUUAUUACAAGCGCCAACAUGCGAUCAGCCGACUGGUACAUCAUGGACAACACGGUCUUUGUGCAGGAUGUUAUGAGACAGUCUACAUCGCGAGAUGCAGCCAUGUUCCCGCAUUCCUGGCCUACCCAGUUUGAAAAGCUCUUCCAAAACACUCGUAUGGCCCAAGCGUUCGAACAUUUACGGCGACAUCACGGAAAGCGACAGAGCGCGAUUUUAGCCUCGGCGAGUGAUCGUUCCUCUUUCUUCUUGCAUCAAUGGGACUGGACACGAGUGAAAUCGAUCCUGGUGAUGAGUCUACCUGGUUCGCAUGGAGAGGGAGAGAAACUCGGCAUGGUCAGCGUCGCGGUACAGCUUCGAGACAAGGGCUGGAUUCCUUCGCCGAACGAGACUACGUUUGCGGAAUAUCAAAGUUCUAGUCUCUGCAAGUUGACGCCUAAAUGGGCGUAUCACUUUCAUGCUUGCUUGAGCGGAAAGCCUAUGGCCGAGAUUGCAAAGAUGAAAAUUCCGUCAAAGCUCACAGCAGCGGAGCCGCCUAUCAAGGUCCUCUACCCAACUUUGAAGACGGUAGAUGAUACACUGCUUGGAAGAGAGGGAGGGGGGAGCAUGUUCUGUACUCCGUCGCAUUUCACAACGGAAACACGGCCGUACUUUGCGGAUAGCGUUUGCAAGUACGGUAGUCUGCUCAUGCAUACCAAGAUGAUCCUUUGCAUGUUCCGGCGUUCGAAUCAAGUAUCGCUUCAGACUCACACCUCUGUAGGGGACAGUUCCAGCAACCCGACGGCUGGUGCAAUCGGAGGAUGGGCUUACGUAGCCGGGUCUCACAACCUCUCGCAAGCCGCUUGGGGUCAUCUCUCGUUCCCUCAAGGAAAUGCGAAAAUAUACAUCAAAAAUUACGAAUUGGGGGUCAUCUUACCUCUUCCGCAACAUGAUCUGGGCAGAGCUGCAGACCAGCUUGCUACAUGGAAGCGUCCUGCGCGACUCUACGCAGCCAACGACGAGCCAUUUAUGCAGACCGUACACCUCCAGUCUCAAUGAGAUGGGAAGACGAAUCAUAACGACCGAAUGACUAUUGAAUCAGCAGACCACGAAGAACAGAACGAUCCCUGCAAUGAUUUUCAAGUAGCCAGAUAC